GAAACAACAUACACUGGCGCAAUCCGGCAGACUUUUGGAUUUUGAAAUUUCGGAUUUUUUUGAACUUCUCUCUAAUCAUGUUAUUACAACAUAGAUAAUGAAACGAUAGUACUAUAAUUUGAUCAAAGAAGUAAUUAAUAAUAUUUAAAUGCUGAAUUUAUAUCGAAUGCAGGCAGAACGAGCCCUGCGCAGGGUUCAAAACUUGCGGAAUAUUUUGAGUUCAAAUCAUCAUGUUGGACUUCGACCAGUUUCAUCUGACAGUAAGGUGUCCAUUGGAGAUGUGACAGUGACAGUAAAAACUCCAAAAAAUGUUGAGCUGGUCCCAACUAAAUAUUUAACUGACCCCCUCCCACAGUCUAUUGCCAGACACUUAAGAUGGAUUAUGCAGAAAGACUUGCUGGGACAAGACGUCUACUUAAUUGGAGCACCAGGGCCACUCAGACGGACUAUAGCCAUGAUGUACCUGGAAUUGACCAAGAGAGAGGCAGAGUAUGUUUCACUGUCAAGAGAUACUACAGAAUCUGACCUCAAACAAAGAAGAGAAAUCAAAUCUGGGACAGCUUUCUAUAUUGACCAGUGUGCUGUACGAGCAGCUGUUGAAGGGAGAAUACUCAUUCUAGAAGGUAUAGAAAAGGCUGAAAGGAAUGUCCUCCCUGUAUUAAACAAUCUACUUGAGAAUAGAGAGAUGCAAUUGGAUGAUGGCCGGUUUCUUAUGGCAGCAGAUAGAUAUGAUAAAUUAUUGAAGGACCAUGAAAAGAGUGAAUUAGAUGCCUGGAAACUAGUAAGAGUCAACAAAGAUUUCCGUGUAAUCGCACUAGGUUUACCUGUUCCUCGUUACCGUGGCAACCCACUGGACCCCCCACUGAGAUCCCGUUUCCAAGCAAGAGACAUUACAUCACUUCCAUUUAAGGACCAGAUUGAUGUUUUGAAUGCAGUCGGACCAAGAGUUCCCUCUGAAAGGCUGUCCCAGAUGUUGUCCUUUGCAACGACCAUGUUAUCUGAGGAGUCGCAUUCUAUGGGUCUCCCUGAUUUCCCCAUUGACAACUUGAGGGCAGUUAUGGCUAUUUUGGAUGCAAUGCCAACCACAUCCUGUCAGAACUUAUUAUCGCGGCUCUACCCACAUGACGUGAUGUUAGGAAAGGAGGGAAAAACUGCCGUCCAUGAUAUGAUCAAGAAAUUUGAAUUAGAUGACCCAACAAGGCACCAGUACAACUCCAGUGUUAAUGAAGUCAGAGCAUCUGGUAGUGUUUGUGACAUCAGUGCAAAUGUUAAUGGUGGCAACUAUCAUUUUGAGGUUCCGGGUGGAGGUCUCCAUAUCUCUAGUCAGUCUUCAGGAUUUGUGAGGACAAAACAUCACGACCAACUACUUGCAGAUAUUAUGCAGUCCCAUAUGGUCUCCGACUUCUGUAUUGUAGGAACAAGGGGUUGUGGGAAGACUGUGCUUAUAAAGCAGUUUGCUGAUAUGUUAGGCUAUCAUAUAGAACCAAUAAUGUUAUAUCAGGAUAUGACAUCAAGAGAUCUAUUACAACAAAGAACAACUCUACCCAAUGGAGAUACAACAUGGCGGCCAUCACCCUUGGUUACUGCUGCCCUUGAAGGGAGUCUCGCAGUUCUGGAUGGCGUACACAGAGUCAACCCUGGCACAUUUGCAGUAUUACAUAGGCUGAUUCACGACAGAGAACUGAGUCUGUUUGAUGGCAGUCGACUAUUAAGGAGAGAUAGAUAUGAUGCUCUUAAGGAAUCAACUGGAUUCACUGAUAAAGAGCUCUAUGAAAAGGGUAUUCUACCGAUCCACCCCUCAUUCAGGAUAAUAGCACUUGCAGAGCCACCUGUAUUAACCAGUAGUACACAACAGUGGAUGACCCCCGAGGUCCUUACUAUGUUCUUAUAUCACCAUAUGAGACCCAUGCAGCGGAAUGAAGAGAACGAAGUCCUGCAUAAAAUUGUGCCUGAUGCAGUUAACUUGAGUCCUAUAUUAGAAUUGACCAAUAAGCUCAGAGCCUCACAUGAUACCACUGUCCAGUCAAUAGCUUCCUCCCUCUCCACUCGCCAGCUGGUUAGAAUCGCCCAUCGUCUCGCAAAAUACCCAGAAUCCAACUUUUAUGACAUCAUCCACAAAGCUUGUCUUUCAAGAUUUCUACCUCGCAUGGCUAAACAGUCCCUUGACCAAGUCAUGGAAGAUGUAGGGAUCACCAAGGUAACAGAGACCAGAACAGUAGACAACCUUGAGAAAUCCAUCACAUGUGAAAUCAAAGAGGGAAUACUGAGGAUUGGGACCACAGAGGUAGCUGUACAUAAUCCAGAAACAAAGAUGAAAGUCCCUGAUGUCUUGUUCUAUGAGAAUGCACAGCAUCUAUCAGUGAUGGAAGAUAUGUUAAAGGAUUAUCUUCUAGGAGAACAUCUACUGCUAGUGGGCAACCAGGGUGUCGGCAAGAACAAGAUAAUAGAUAGGUUCUUAUACCUGUUGAAUAGACCAAGGGAAUACCUUCAGUUACAUAGGGAUACAACAGUACAGACUCUGACCCUGCAGCCCACGGUGCAAGAUGGUGUCAUUGUGUAUGAAGACUCUCCCUUGGUGCGUGCAGUAAAGUUAGGACACAUUCUAGUCAUAGAUGAAGCAGACAAGGCUCCAACUAAUGUCACAUGUAUUCUUAAGACACUCGUUGAAUCCGGAGAAAUGCAUUUAGCUGAUGGUAGAAGAAUUGUCAGUGCACACUCAGGAAUUCCCAGCAGUGAGAAAGUGAUAGUAGCUCACCCAGACUUCAGAAUGUUUAUUCUCGCCAAUAGGCCAGGGUUCCCUUUCCUGGGAAAUGAUUUCUUUGGUGCUAUGGGUGACAUAUUCAGUGCUCAUGCAGUUGACAACCCAAACAUUGACUCUGAGAUGGCAAUGCUACGACAAUACGGGCCAGAUGUUGAGGAACAUAUACUUCGCAAAUUGGUCCUUGCAAUUGGAGAAUUACGAGAUAUGGCUGACCAGGGACUCAUAUCAUAUCCUUACUCCACUAGGGAGGUUGUCAAUAUGGUGAAACAUUUACAGAAAUUUCCAAAUGAAGGGUUAUCAAAUGUUGUUCGCAACGUGUUCGACUUUGACAGUUACAAUGAAGAACUACAAGAAACCAUAGUAAAAACCCUACAAAAACACGGAAUCCCAAUUGGAGCGAAACCAACCAAUGUGGAGCUGGCCAAAGAGUUCCCACUUCCAGCGUUUCAACUGUCAGGCCAAUGGAAUAUUGCAAGACAAGGGGGUCGUACCAAAACUGGAUUGAUACAUUGUCCUUCAGAAUCAAAAACAUUAAGAAUAAAGGGGCCAGUAAGAGUAGCUACCCAGACAUUUCCUUUGGAGAGAUCAGAAGCCAGAUCAGAACACUUCACAGAACAAGAAGCUUACUGGACCAUACCACUUGAUGAUACCAACAUUAUAGCAGAUGUGGCUGUUUGCCAAGCUAAGUAUCGCCAUGCAAGUCAAACUGAUGACAUCAUACACGUUGUGACCUGCAAUCCGAUUGGUUUAUACACCAUGACGCCAAACAGCAGAUUCAUAUCGCAUAUUGACCUUUACGAUGUGUUUCCAAUGGGCCUUGGGGUACACAGAUCGUUGAAGCCAAAAGUAAAGCUCGCCACUCUUGGUGCGUCACUGAAUGACUGUGUGAUUCUCCAUGAAGAAAGCUCAAAUGUGACCCUGAUCAUAAACACAGAAACUGGUGAUGUCACAAGGCUUCUGAUGUCAUCUUAUCUGGAGGAAGCAGCAGGGAAAAUAACACGCACCUUCCUCAAUAAAGCAACGGAGACUUGGAAGAUGUGUAGUGAGUUCUCACACGAGGGAGAUGGCAUGGUGGUCUUUCAUCAAGAAAAUGGUCAAACUAUUGAUGUAUUAAAUGUGCUGGAAGGAACAUCUUGCAGUAUUACAGUCCCUAUUAAGAUACAAUCCAUGCAUCUCGUUGAUAGAGACACUUGGCUUCUUACACAGUCUGAUGAAAAUAUGAAAUAUGUACUGAGGAGGAAGGGCAGCGAUUAUGUACUUCAGCCAAUCACAGAAGAGCAAUCCAACUUGGAUGACCCCCUAAUUGGGAGAUACAUUGAGCUAGCUGGGAGUUCACCUUUAGAGAAAACCAUCCUUAGUCGGGCACUUGGUCAGAGCCUCGACAGCCCCAAUAGAGUCAUGGUAACGAGGGAAACAUAUGCCUCUAUAGCGCUUGGCUUCCCGGAUCUUGAUACAGACUUAGAUAUCUACACUCUACCAAGGGAAGAACUCCCGCAGGUGAAUAAAAACAUCUCUAAGGAUCAGUUCGCAGCCAUUUUGAAUCGUCCUCCUUCUGCUAAUGCUAAAUCGGGUAUUGUAUACCUCCCCGAUUCUGGAAUGGUUAUACGUGCGCUACCAACUUGGAAGGUACCAACAAAAGUCUUCCCUGGAGGAGCAAAACCACAGGGUCUUACUGGUUAUUUGGAAAUAACAGAUUUAGCCAAUCAUAAAUUGAGAUACAUCCCAGUGCCAGGUGCAAGACACCAGUCUCCCUACACCAAUUGGAUGUCUUCAAAUUCAGACGUCAGUCUUGUCAUGGCCAAUCUUUCCAAUGACAACGUAGUCACGGUUGAUGCAGGAGGGUGUGUCAGGCUGUGGGAGACUGUAUUGGUCCAUCUUGAAAAAUCAAUGCAACAGUGGAGGAAUAUGAUUGGUCAGGAUGAUGGCCGACCAUUACAGAUUACGCACGAACGUCCCCCGAGUGAUAAAGAACUAGGUGGUCCAAAACAUGGAAAAACAGAUCCGACAGGUGCACCACAUGUCGGAGGGAACACUUGGGCCGGGGGAACCGGAGGUCGGGACACAGCAGGACUAGGGGGUGUAGGAGGACCAUAUAGGUUGGAUGGGGGUGGGGAUGUGCAUCAAGUAUCCCAGGUAGAAAAGGAUGCAGUACCAGAGCAUAUUCGGAGAGCUGCUAGAGAAAUGGCUGAAAAAGCUUGGAAACAAAGAUUGCGUGAGAUAAAGAUGUCGGAGUAUGAUGGGGAGUUAUACGAGGUGUAUUCAAAGAGUGUGAGGAAACAAGUGACAUCUCUUAGGGUCAUACUGGAGAGUCUGCAGGCUAAGGGUAAAGAGAGACAAUGGUUGAAACACCAACAACAUGGAGACCUUGAUGAUGCUAAGCUCAUUGAAGGAAUAACUGGAGAGAAGUCAAUCUACAGAAGGAGGGGUGAACAGGAUCCAGAGAUGGGGACCCCACAACAGAAACCCAAACUUUUGAAGCUGGUUGUCGAUGUCUCUGGAAGCAUGUACAGGUUUGAUGGACAUGAUAAAAGACUGGAGCGCUCAAUGGAAGCAUGUCUUAUGGUCAUGGAGGCCUUUGAGAAUUAUGAACAGAAAUUUAAGUAUGAGAUAUCUGGGCACUCUGGUGAAGGUCCCAACUUUGAAUUUGUUAAAGGAAAAGUACCAAGCAACAACAAGGAAAGAUUAGAUACACUGAAGAUGAUGAUAGCCCACUCUCAGUUUUGCCUGAGUGGAGACCAUACACUUGAAGCCACAAAGAAAGCUGUAGAGGAUAUUGCCAAAGAAGAAGAGGCAGAUGAACGAUUUGUUAUUGUGCUAAGCGAUGCUAAUUUAGAUCGCUAUGGUAUCCGCCCACAGAGGUUUGCUGAUGUAUUAAAAAGUAAUGAUGAUGUGAAUGCAUUUGCCAUUUUCAUUGGUUCCCUUGGAAACCAAGCUCAAGUGUUGACUAAACAAUUACCUCAGGGAAAGGGCUUUGUUUGUUUGGAUACAAAAGACAUACCUCAAAUUUUACAACAAAUUUUCACAUCAACUAUGCUUUCUACUAGAUGAUGAUAUUAACCAAUAGGAGAGUGUUUAUAUCAACCAAUAGGAUAUGAAACUGAGAUUGACCAUUAACCAAUAGGAAAUGAGACUGAGAUUGAAUAAGCAAUUGUAUUGGAUAACAUGUAUAAUGCUACAAAUUAGUAGACGUCUCUCUUUUGACAAUCUGUGUCUUGUUUGACAUGAAACUCAAAUUAAAACUUAAAGAAUUGCAACCAUUUUGAUUUGAGCAGCCAUUUUGAAUAAACACAGUAUUUAGGUUAAGCAGAGUUUGGAGGCUAUUUAGGAAAGCCCCUACUAAGUGUUAUAUAGUAUCAUUAUUUGAAUAUGAAACAGUCGGAAAUGAAUCCAAGUUUUAGUAAAAAUGUCAUUUUUGGAAGAUUUUUGCUGUCAGUUUAGAUUUUGGGAAAAUACAGAUGCCUUUUCAACCCAAUUGUUUUUCCACAAUUAUUGUUGAUAUUUUAAUUUGUUACGAGGGAAGUGUCCACAAGUCUAAAAAUUGUUUAUGGGCAAUAGAAAAUGCUUUUAUAAUGUGUGUAUUUAAUAUUUAUAUAAAGUGAAAAUAUUUAUAUAAAGUGAAUAUAAUGUGUAUCAUUGAAAUAAGCAACAGUAGAAUAAAUGAUUUUAUAACUCAUUAA